AUAGGCUUAGGGUUUUCUCAACGCGGGAAGUUGAAAUAUUCGAGCAAUCUUUUAUUAUAUUAAUCAUUAAGUAAUAUCCGAAAGGCUUAUAGUGCAUUUAGGAAUAUAUUUAAAAGAAUCCUGAGAUUCCACAGCAGUAGAAACACCGGUGCAGAUGUGAGUCGGACUCCAGGAUGAGUAAAUCAGCAUGGAGGCUAAAGCUAACCAGCUAAUUACGUCAUUAUUGUGCAGUAUGGCAACUUGCUCACCAUAAAGUGUGUUUAAUAAACCAUCUGUGAAAGCAUUAAUCUGACCGCUACAGGCUCUAUAAUUCAGGACGAUAAUAAACACAGCUACACAUGGAACACUGUAAUGAAAGAGAAGACAAAAAGCACACAGCCAGCAUGUCUUUUGGACAGAAGUUGAAGACAGAAAUGAUGAUGAUGAUGAUGUUUCAGUCCCACUACACUGCUGAGGAGUACCAGGCCAUUCAGAAUGCUCUUCGACAGAUGCUUGGACCUGAGUACAUUAGCACUCGGCAGGCAGGAGGAGGACAAAAGGUGUGUUACAUUGAGGGUCACAAGGUCAUUAGUCUGGCAAAUGAAAUGUUUGGCUACAAUGGCUGGUCUCACUCAAUUUCUCAACAAAAUGUUGAUUUUGUGGACCUGAUUAACGGGAAAUUUUACGUUGGAGUCAGUGCAUUUGUGAAAGUUCAGUUAAAGGAUGGCUCAUUCCAUGAAGAUGUGGGCUAUGGAGUCAGUGAGGGUCUCAAAUCCAAGGCGCUGUCUCUGGAGAAGGCGAGAAAAGAGGCUGUUACAGAUGGGCUGAAACGAGCACUGAAGUGCUUUGGAAACGCUCUUGGAAACUGCAUCCUUAACAAGGAGUAUCUGACAGCAGUCAACAAGAUUCCCAAGCAGCCCCGUUCACCUUUCAACCCACACAAGACGAAGCGCAGUGAUCAUGAGCCGGCAGUGGAGAAAGCUCGCUACAACAGCCUGUCCUGUACUGACUCUAGGGCUUUCAGUAAUCCAGAUGAAGCAGUACAGGCUGGAGUCCAGCCAGUGCUACAGAACACUGAGAGCUCGAGGAACCCAAUCCCAAGUAUCACAUCGCAUUCAGUCAACACUUUGGCUCAACAGGACUAUGAAAACAGGUCUACUAACAUGUCCAGAUCAUCAGUGGACAUGGCCGACUUGUCCUCCUUUGACCCUGCUCUGAACUCUAAGCAGCAGAGGAAGCUGAGGCAGCAGCAGCUGCAGCAGAAAUUCAGACAGGAGAUGGAGGCCAAGAAGGUGCAGCAGGGGAGAAUGCAACCAAAGUCUGAACUCACAGAGUCUCAUCCUAACACGGGUCAGGCUUUGGGUCCCAUUAACCACAGCACACCUUCUGGACAUGAAAUGCUGGUCAAGAAGGAGGAAUGUAUGACUGAUGACCCAGGGUUGUGGGAUUUUACUCUGGAUGGCAUCGAAAUGCUCGAUGAUCCAUCAAGAGAAUCGUCAGGGAUACCUCGUUCUGUUACACCGAGUGAACACGCGAUGUCGACGCGCAGUAAAACUCCUCAAAGAUCCACUUCACAAAGACCACCACUUCAGCCCCAUGACCAUCAGGGGCAAGGAGGAGCCAUGAACUACAGACACAAUAAUUCAGCAGCCCAGAAUGCAGCCAGAGGAACAGGUCUGCAGAGCCCAUACCGACAAGGACAUUACCUGAAGAAAAGGAAGCUCGAGCCUUGAACUUAUUAUAAACUUAUGACAUUUUGUUUGUUUGAAUUUAAUUUAUUGCAUGUUUUUUUUUUAUUUGUACAGAAUUGUUAAUAAAUAUAACAUUGUUCAAAAA